AUGGAAGAGUUCACUAAAGGUAUGAAUGAUGCUCUGAAACAAGAGAUCGGUAAUAAUACUGACAUAUAUCUAACGUACAGUGCCUUGACGGGAAAAGUGACCGUCCACUUGAAACCCAAAUGCAAACUUUUUUUAUUCGACAAAUUGUCCCUUAUCCUGGGAUCCGGUGGAAAAGAGGUGAAAAUUGAUAAAACGAGCGAAAGUCCUCACAUAGUAGAUUUAAAUAUCUUUUUGACGAUCUACACAUACUGCAAUAUCGUUCAGCCGCAGAUCGUUGGAGAUACGAGUGCGCAAUUACUUUGA